GAUCGGUAGUGUACGCAUCUCAUCUGCUGGGAGUCAUAACAGCCACUAAGGCAACAUCCUGCGUCCAGAUCUUUCCUGUUAUCGUUGUCGUCUUAUUACGGCCCCAGCCGUGAGCGCAGGAUGAGAGGUCUGUCUGUCCUGGUGGCUCUCAGCUCCGUCGCCCUGACCUACGCCAUCGGUGGAGAUAUGUGUGUGUCAGGCCAUGACAGCGGGCCAGUGUUUGAGGAGCAGCCUGUGGGCCUGAUCUACCCGGAGGGUCUGACUGAGGGGAAGGUGACCCUGAGCUGCCAGGCCAGAGCCAGCCCUGCUGCCUCCUACAGGUGGCAGGUGAACGGCACAGAGGUGGUUCUGGAUGCUGACGCACGCUACACGCUGGUGGCCGGGAACCUGGUGAUCACCAACCCACAGCACGACCGCGACGCCGGCUCCUACCAGUGCCUGGCCUAUAACCGAUGUGGCACCAUCAUCAGCCGCGCUGCCAACCUCAAGUUUGGCUACUUGCACGACUUUCCACCACAGAACAGGACUCCACAGACUGCCAACGAGGGUUCCGGAACCUUCAUAGCCUGCCAGGUUUCUGCCCAUUAUCCCGCCCUCUCUUACCGCUGGUUCCUCAACGAGUUCCCGAACUUUGUGCCGAUGGACGACGGUCGCCUCUUUGUCUCCAGCGUGACGGGCGACCUCCACGUGGCCAAGACCGCGGCCAACGACACCGGCAACUACUUCUGCUUCACCACCAUCAACAUGGACAUCAGCACCAAGAGCAUCUUCAGCAAGGCGGUGCCACUGACCGUGCAGCCCGAUGCGAACCCCAGGAAGUCCGCCCCCGUCAUUCGCGUGCGUUUCCCCGCUGAGACCUACGCUUUGGCCGGCCACACCACCAAGCUGGAGUGCUUCGCCUACGGCAAUCCCGUGCCCAAGCUGCGCUGGAGGAAGGUGGACGGCGUCCUGCCGGUCAAGUCUCUGGUCAGCUCCGAGGGCCCCGUCCUGACGCUGAAGGAGCUGGGCUUUGAGGACGAGGGCGUGUACGAGUGCGAGGCCUACAGCUCGGAGGGCACAGACACCUACCAGGGACGCAUCACUGUGCAAGCCCAGCCAGAGUGGUUGCAGGUGAUGAGUGACUCUGAGGUGGAGAUCAGCUCUGAGCUCCAGUGGAGCUGUCUGGCAGCAGGCAAACCCCGGCCCUCCAUCCGCUGGCUCCGCAACGGACAGCCUCUCACCACACAGGCCAGAGUUCAUGUGAAGAACGGUCAGCUGAAGAUCAGCAGCCUGGCCCUGGAGGAUUCUGGGAUGUACCAGUGUGUGGCGGAGAACAAGCACGGCACCAUCUACUCCAACGCAGAACUUAGGGUUCAAGUCCAGGGCCCGGACUUCCGACUGAACCCGGUGCGGAGGCUGGUGCCGGCGGCGCGUGGCGGACAGGUGCGGCUCGAGUGCAAGCCGCGCGCCGCGCCCAAACCCACGCUCUUCUGGAGUCGCGGCACCGAGCUGCUCGUCAACAGCAGCAGGGUGACAGUGACUGCGGAUGGCGUGCUGUAUAUCUACAACAUCAGCCGUGCCGACGAGGGCAAGUACACCUGCUUUGCAGAAAACUCUUUGGGGAAAGCCAACAGCACUGGGCAUCUCUCCGUGCGAGAUGCCACUAAGAUCACCCUGGCACCGUCUAAUGCGGACAUCAACCAGGGUGAGAACGUGACCCUGCAGUGCCACGCCUCCCAUGACCCCACCAUGGACCUGACCUUCACCUGGUCCCAUAACGGGGUACCCCUGGACCUGGAGGACCGCAGUGGCCACUACCAGCGGGUAGAGGGGAAGGAAACGAUCGGUGACCUGGCCAUUGUGACCGGGCAGCUGAGUCAUGCAGGCACCUACACGUGUGCAGCGCAGACCGUUGUGGACACGGCCACGGCCACCGCCAAACUAGUGGUCAGAGGUCCCCCGGGUCCUCCGGGAGGUCUGGUGGUGAAGGGCGUAAACGAGACGUCCGUGGAGCUGCGCUGGAGUCGUGGCUAUGACAACCACAGCCCCAUCGGCAAGUACGUCAUCAUGAGCCGCUCAGAGCCCUCGGCCCCCUGGAAGAGAAUGAGGACAGAUCCAGACAACAUCGAGGGAAACGCCGAGUCGGCACGUGUCAUCGGUCUUCGACCCUGGAUGGACUAUGAGUUCCAGGUCAUCGCCAGCAACAUUCUGGGCAGUGGCGAGCCGAGCAUGCCCUCUCAGACCAUCCAGACCAAGCAGGCAGCUCCCACCGUGGCUCCCAGCGGACUAGGAGGGGGAGGGGGCGACCGCUACGAGCUCAUCAUCACUUGGACGCCCAUGGCCAGGGAGUACCAGAAUGGAGACGGCUUUGGCUACAUCCUGGCGUUCCGGCCGCGCGACACCCAGGCCUGGACCAUCGUGCGGGUCCCAGGGGUGGAGUCCUCGCGCUUCGUCUACACCAACCAGACGCUGACCCCCUACAGCCCGUUUGAGGUCAAGAACAGGGCCUACAACAGGAUGGGUGAAGGGCCCUUCAGCCAGAUCGCCCUGGCGUACUCCGCUGAAGAAGAGCCCACAGUGUCCCCCCGCAGGGUGAGCGCCGAGGCCCUGUCUGCCUUUGACAUGAAGGUGUCCUGGGACCCUGUCCAGCAGCUGCCCACCAAUGGCAUCCUCAGGGGCUAUGAGAUCCGUUACUGGCGCCAGCACGAGCGGGAGGCUGCCGCUGACCGCGUUCGGACCGCUGGGCUGGAGACCAGUGCCCGCGUGCCCGGCCUGAGGCCCAGCACCCUCUACCACGUCACCGUGGUGGCCUACAACAGCGCCGGCACCGGCCCUGCGUCCCCCAGGACCACCAUCAUCACCCGCAAACCACCCCCCAACCGUCCUCCUGGCAAUAUCUCCUGGAAAACAGAUGCAGCAUGGGUAGUCGUAAGAUGGGAUCCAGUAACGGCCAUGGACAAUGAAUCAGCAGUAUUGGGCUAUAAGGUUCUGUACAAACACGAAGGUCAGUCUGCCCUAAAGGUGCUAGACAAAGGUCAGACGUCCAUCAGGCUGCCACUGCCCAAAGACAAUGGUUACGUUGUCCUGGAGGUGCGGUCAUGGGGCGAUGGAGGGGAUGGUGCGGCCCACGAGACGAUUGUGUCCCGGGACUCAGGUACUGGAAUGAUGGUACAGAAUAGAGCAGGCCUGACUAAUUCCCAGAAUUCCUUGUUUCUGGUCACAGCUGCAUUGUGGGGACUUUCUGUCAUUAUCACUCUAGAACUGUGAUUUCCACCACUCUUUGAGCUGCCUAUUUGUUUUUGUUUUUUUGAUCUCCUUUUCACCUGUCCCAAGUCUACCAGCUUCUAAUCCUGUAUCAUGACAGGAAAUGUUGGAAACAUCCUGUUGUUUUGAACCAGGAGAUCCAAAGAAAGGUAA